AUGGCAACGCUCAUUUUUUUCGUAUUCGUAAUAAUUUUACCGAACCUAAAUUCAGAAUAUAUCCCCCCCGGACCAGUAUACCCUUGUCCGAAAGAGACAGACAACGCUCUCCUGUUCCCGUGCAUAUGUCAGAAAGGGACAGAUGAAGGGCUACAUAUAAAGUGUGAGAACACAGGGCUAGCGGUCAUGAGCGUUGGUCUGGGGAAUAUAGCUAGCUUGGGGCUGCCAAUUGAGAGAUUGGAAAUAAAAGAGUGCAAAAUCUCACACCUAUUCGGCCCACUCCUCCACAGGUCAACAGUAAGGACGUUACACAUAAUCGACACUCCUAUAAAGUCGAUAGAUGAGUACGCGUUCGCCGGUGUGAACAGGACCUUACAGGAAAUUUACAUGGUCAAUACGAAGAUCAGUCAGUUUCCUAAGGAGGCUGUUAAGAUUCUAGGUAACCUAACUAUCCUAUCAAUCGAUGGACAUCGCAUGACUUCACUCAGUAAGGAUAUGUUCGCCGGUAGUCUAGCUGUCGGUCGGUUAGAAGUGCUACGUCUCAUAAACGGACUGAUAUCUGACAUACCGGUCGAGGCCUUUCAACACUUAAAAAAACUAAAAACACUCGAUCUACACGGUAACAGAUUAGUUAAUUUGAAGAGAAAUCAAUUAAGGGGACUACGAGACACAGAGGUUUUGGAUUUGAGUUUCAAUAAUCUGACGAAAUUAGACGGAAGUCACAUCGGUGAUCUAACAAAAUUGGGAUGGUGUAAUGCGAGUCACAACCAACUGCCGGAUAUACCAAGAGGAAUGUUCGCAAGGAACACGGUAAUAAAAGUUGUACAUUUGGACAAUAAUAAAAUAAAGAAAUUGGACACGAACAGUUUUAAGGGAAUGAGGUUUUUGAGACGCCUGUAUCUCCAAGAUAACCAAAUAUCAGAUAUCGGUAGAGGAACGUUCUCGGCGGUGACGAGGAUCGGUACGGUCGACUUGGCGCGAAAUUUCAUCACAAAAGUCGACUACCAGAUGUUCCAGGCUGUUAAAUAUGCUGAGAUAAUAAAUUUGGCAGAGAACAACAUAACAAUUAUAGAAAAGCAAGCGUUCACAGAUCUAUACUUAGCAACUGUGAAUAUAUCGCACAAUGCGCUGUCGAGCAUCGAACCCGGAGCCUUUCAGAACUGCAACAACAUGACGAUACUGGAUUUAAGUUAUAAUAACUUGAAAGAUAUACAUAAGAGUGCCUUUGAUGAAAAUACAUACGCGUCUGAGUUCCAAGUGUCGUAUAACGAGUUCACGGAUUUGGGUCAGAUACCAAUCCACAACAUGACAGGAAUAAAAGUUCUGAACGCCUCCCACAACUUGAUCACAACGAUACCUAAAACGGCCUUCCCUAAGCUGUAUGAACUUCACACAGUCGACGUUUCAUAUAACAACCUAUCAGAUAUAUACAACGCUGUUUUUCAGAAUUUGUUUUCAUUGAGGUUCCUCAACUUAAGUUACAAUUCAUUGGAACGAAUCAAACCCGCUACGUUCGGUACGAUACCGACGAUCCUAGAACUAAACCUGUCGCACAACAAGUUGUCCGACGUGUCGCGGGGCAGUCUAGCAAAGUUGGCUAGUUGCAGGCUUUUGGAUAUUAGCUACAAUUCCUUAGAUAGGAUCUUUCAAAUACCCAUUAGUUUGGGAGAACUAAACUUUGCACACAACAACUUGACCGAAAUCCGCGUAAACACUUGGCCGACUAUGAACGCGUUACUGCGUCUCAACUUGUCGAACAACCAGUUGGAAGACCGGUUGACUAGUGAUUCCUUUGCUGGUUUACUAACGUUGCAGUCGCUGGAUUUGUCGGCCAACGGGUUGACUAAACCGCCCUGGGAGGCACUGAAUACCUUGACUAGCUUGCAGUAUUUGUAUUUACAGUAUAAUAAUUUAACAACCCUAUCAAAAUCCGCCUUUGGUAAUUUACCGACGACAUUCAAAUUGGAUCUGUCGUACAACCAGUUGACCGAUUUAGGUGUUAAAACGUUUGAUGGCAUGCAACAGUUGCUGGAUUUAUCGUUACGAGGAAAUUACUUCGAGAAGAUUCCUAACGAGGCGUUUAAAGGAUUAGUUGCUUUAAGGAGGCUGGACUUGUCGUACAACAAGUUGGACAAGAUAGACAACAAAACAAAUGGUCUUUUAGACGACUGCUUGUCACUUGAAAUGGUAAAUCUAAGUCACAAUCAAUUCGGUUUUCUAACUAAGAAGAUGUUUCCCGCUAGUCCUUGGAUACCGUACAGACUGAUGGAAGUCGACCUGAGUCACAACGAAAUACCUGUUGUGACAUUUGACAUUACUUUUGGCGGGAAGAAAUUGAAGAAGUUGAAUCUUUCGAAUAAUUACAUUAACGAUGUUAGGAAUAAUGUUCUCGGCAAUUUGACGUCUUUGGAAGUUAUAGAUCUUUCGAAUAAUCAGUUGACAGAUUUAGUAUCGAGGACGUCGGACACACCAUUUAACCUCCCAGACAACAUAACACAUAUGUACUUACAAAACAAUACCUUCCAAGUGUUGCCAGUUGAAAGUUUAGUGAAAGCGAAGCGUUUGAAAGUUUUAGAUGUAAGAAGUAACCUACUCAGCAGUUUCUACCCGGAGAUAGUUAAAAUGAUAAGGGAUUACAACUUGGAUGUGUAUUUUGAAGAUAAUAAACUCAAAUGCGACUGUUUCACUCGUCCACUAAAGCAUUACUUACAAAAACUACCGUCAUCUGUAUUAGAAAAAGACGAAAAAUACAAAAAUAUAACAUGUUCCGAGCCGCCGGCGUUGGAAAAUGAAAACUUUUUAAAUUUAGACGAAGAAAGAUUAUUGUGCGCUAGCAACAUUGAAUUGAAUGAUAAAAUACGGAGUUAUGGCAAUACUGAAUACGAUUUCACGAGCGAACCGGACGUACUGUUCCGAGAUGUACAGUAUUCGCAGACAUCGAUAUACGCUCACUGGUACGUAGCAACGUCAUACGACGUCGCAGACUUCUAUCUAUAUAUAAGAGACCGUAAUAAUACACUUCACUACAGCAAAGAUAUAUCAUACAAUCUCAGAUCUCUAACAAUACCUAUCAAUAAAGAUUUCAAAACAGCGACACAGAAUGGCGGCGAAAUAUGCAUACAGGCGAAAAAUUCAAACAAUUUCGCGCGCAAAUUCUUUGACAGUCAAUGUCAAAAGGUCCCGUCAAAUUUCGAAUCGUGGCCGAAAAAGUUGACAGUUGACAAAAGGAGGUUGUCAAGAAAGAAGGUUCGAUAUAGCUUCUUCGGUAAUAGUGUGCUAGGGCUUGUAAGCGAUUCGAUUUUGAUAACGUUGUGUAUAUUUUUAGGUGUCUGUUUCAGGAGAUUGGCUGAUUUAGAUAUUUGAGUAUUUUUUUAUUAAUUUUUUUCGGAAUAUUUCAGCCAAAGUGGUUUUCCUGCUUAUUUGUAAGCGAUGUUGUUUUAUAUUUAAGCAGAAUGAGGUAUUGCUUUGCUCAAUGUUUAAGAUAAAAUGAGAGUUUUUGUAAAUUACAUUCCGUCCUAAUGUAAGACUUAUGAUAUUAGUUAUUGAGAUUUUUAUAAAUAUAAUUAUGUUGGACGCCUAACUGCGUUUCUUCAAAUGGUGGGUAGGUGUAAUAGAUCACGUUUCGCGUUAAAAAAAAUAACGGAACAUGAUGUGUAACAUCUACAGAACCCCCUUCCCCUUUUUUGUGAUUGAAUCAUGAUAAUGUUAAGUUUUUAUUUUAUAAGUAUGAAUGACGUAUGAAUGAUGGAAGAGCGGGACAUCCUGACACAGGUAAAACACUUACUUAAAAGGAUGUCCCAACAACGAUAUCAUGUUAUGUAAACGUUUUUUCUAAAUAAAUAAUUUUUAUUUU